UGGCUACAGGCUAGAGAGCACUCUGCUCUGCCUCACCAUGAAGUCUGCUGGCCUCGCCUUCUUCCUCGUGGGACUCCUCACUCUCUGUGCCAUGAUGCCCUCUGCCUCAGCCCGAGGGAAGCCUGGAAGAUGCCCUAUGUUUCCUGCAGUAGAGAGGCCACCUUGCAUAAAGGAAUGUAGAACAGAUUAUGAUUGUGACGGCAUCAUGAAAUGCUGUCCAAGAAUGUGCUCCAUGGUCUGCCUAAACCCACAAUGGGAGUGAUGCAUAACUAGAAUUCCCUGCAACUUCUACACUUUUGGAGAUGUGAACCCAGCACCCAAGGAGUGAAGGCAGCGAUAGACCCAGCUCCCUCUUGACCCAGUGGGCCCAAACCAGCAUCCUUCCCCACCUGCAAUAAAAUGAUCCAUGCACCUGCA